AUGAUGCAGCGCGCCGUGAAUCCCUGGGCCUUUGCUCGCCCUCCGCCGCCCGGCUUCGGAUUCUCCUACGCUCGGCAGCCCGUCGCCGACUUGCCCGCACGUCGUCGACCUCCGCCCCCCGGCUUCGAAUUCUCCUUCGCUCGGCAGCCCGUCGCCGACUUGCCCGCACGUCGUCGACCUCCGCCCCCCGGUUUCGAAUUCUCCUACGCUCGGCAGCUCGUCGCCGACUUGCCCGCCCGUCGUCGACCUCCGCCCCCCGGCUUCGAAUUCUCCUACGCUCGGCAGCCCGUCGCCCGUCUUCGAACCCCGCCCCCCAGCAUCGGAUUCUUCUGCGAUCAGCUGUCCGUCGACGACGUGCCCGCCUGUGUUCUACCUCCGCCUCCCGGCUUCUCCCGUCCUUGCAACAAGGUGCUCCCGCCAUCGCCCAGCGAGAUCCCCGUGCCGCCGAAGCUCCCAAAGCGCGGGGCGCCGCCGCCGGUAUUCACAGCCGUCUCCGAGAACGAGAAGCCCUCCACUACGAAGCGCCGGCGGGUGUGCUCUGACUACGAAGACGACAUCGAAGCCAACCUGCGGCGGACGGAGCGGAGCCCCGAGGAGCGGCCGCGGCCGGACUACCUGAAGACGGUGCAGCAGGACCGGGUGAGCCCGUCGGACCGCGCCCGCAUGAUCGACUGGAUGGACGACUUCGUCCGGAACCACGACCUCGUCGACGGCACGCUCCACCACGGCGUGGCCUACGUCGACCGGGUCCUGUCGGUGCGAGCCAUGAGGAAGCAUACCGACCACGAGCUCCGCCUCCUGGGCGCCGUGGCCAUCUUCGUGUCCGCUAAGUACGAGGACGGCCACCGCACCUUGGCGAAGCUGGACCCCGACAAGAUCUCCUGGUACGUCGGCGGGUCCGCCACGAGGGAGGAGGUGCUCGACAUGGAACGCCGCAUGGUGGUGGCGCUCGGGUACCAGCUCGGCGGCCCCACGGCGCACACCUUCGUCAGCCGCUUCACCAAGCACGCACAAGGAGAGGAGGAGCUGAAGAUCCAGCGAAUGGCGCAUCGGCUCGCCGACGAGUCCCUGCGCAACUACGCCUGCCUCGGGCACCUGCCAUCCGUCGUGGCGUCGUCUGCAAUCUUCCUGGCGAGGUCUGCGCUGCUCAACAACCUGCCGGACGUACCGGCGUGGAGCUCGGAGAUGCAGGAGCUCACGGGGUACGACGUCACGAACUUGGCCGGAUGCCUGCAUGCUAUGCGCCCAGUGCCCCAGUCGCUCAUCGAUCUGUGA